AUGCAAGGAAACAUCCACGUUUCGCCUUUGGCUCUUCCAGGAAGCGCGGAACACCGCAGCUCUGAGAGCCACCGCUCCACAUGGGACACGGCAGCUCUCAGAGCCAGCACUCGACAUAGGACAGCACUCCACACGGGACACGGCAGCUCUCAGAGCCCCGCUCCACACGGAACAACGCUCCCUCAGCUUUCCCCCCGCCCCCUAGGCCACCAAAGGGCACUUGCGAAUCAAAACAAGCGCGCUGCGACGACAGCCCGGGCCGUGAGGUGCGGCAGCGCUGAUUGGUUGCGGCUCGGUGAGCGGGGCGGGGCCAGGCGGAACGGCUUUGCUGAUUGGAUGCGAAGCGGGCGGGGCGGUACGAUCGCUCUGAUUGGCUGCAGCGCGGGCGAAGCUCAGGGCCCGCAGCCGUUGGCGCGCGGUUUGAAGAUGGCGACGGCGGCCCAGGGCGCGCCGGACGGCGGCGGCAGCAGCUCCGUGAGCAGCUCCGUCAGUUCGGCCCCGCCGGAGGCCCUGGAGGCCGUGGCCGCGGAGUGGAUGCUGGAGUUCGCCUGCUCCUGCCUGUGCCGACACUUCGCGGAGCAGAGCGGGGCGGAGUUCUGGCGGUGGAGGGACGUUGCGCAGGCUCUUAUUAGUGGCCUCUCCCAAAUACCUCCGCAUCAGAAAAAAACAGUCUAUCUCUGCCAGCUUUUGAUAAGAAUUGCACAAGGAAAAAGCCUUGGAUUACAGUUUGAAAAGGAUAAAAGAAUUUCGCCUUUGGAAUCUGCUCUGUCUUUCUGGACUUUACUUGAAAGGGAAGAAAUUAAACUGGAAAAACUUCAUGAAGAAAUUCGUCGCUUGAUUCAAAUUCAGAUUGUAGCAGUCCAUAUGGAAAACAGGUAUUUCAGGGAAGCUGCUGAAGUUCUUGAAAGGCUGUUCACAGACUCUGAAUCAGAUAAGCCUUUAAGGGUGAAGCUGGCAACCGUAAUUAAAACCAGGGAUCCAUAUGUUCCUCUUCUCCAAAGCUUCAGUUACAGUCUUUUGAUAAGUAAAAUCAAGUCUUACAUUGAACUUUUCAUGAAAGAAAAUGAAACUAACUUCUUAACACAGGAAGCCACAAAACAUGUGGUAUCUAAAGGUUUGGGAGCAACAACAUUGCAGAACAGACCUGUGAAAGUCAAUGAAAAUGGCAGAAGUGAUUUGGAAACAAAACAUAGGUUGGUGAAAGAGAAACAGUAUAUCACAAGUCAGUCAUCUGGAGUCAUAAUAAAACCCAUAGCAAGGAGACAUUCAAGACAGAAGCCCAAAGAGAGCAGAGUUCUUCAGAGUCUUACCAGCAUGCAAAAUGUGGGACAAAAUGAAGUUUCUUUAGCAUGUAGCCGAAGAAGACAGAAAUGGACUCCGAAAGAAGACCUGGAGCUGAAACUGGGAGUAAAGGAGUUUGGAGUGGGUAACUGGGCUAAAAUUUUAGCCCAUGGUGCCUUCGACAACCGAACAGGUGUCAUGUUGAAAGACCGGUGGAGAACAUUGAGCAAGAUGAAACAAAGUUGA